UCCAUCAACAACAACACGUGUGGCGUGUUGGUUAAUUCGUACCUGUUUCAGUUCACAAAUUGGCGAGAAGAAAAACUCUGAACCAAGACAAGAUCAUCCCUCGAGCGACUGAUUUCGCACGUUUCAUCGAGAGUACUACACUGUCAUGGAUUUAUUCGUAAUCGAAAGAUACAAUGGUGAUGUUUCCAAGGCAGAGCCAGAUGCAUCAGCGUCUAAAUCAAGUCAUUUACAACGUUUGCUCUCAAAAAUCGAAGAAAAGAAACGCAUAGCUGCACAGUUGGCUUUAGAAAAAGAACAAGAAGAGAAGAAAAAGCUUGAAAAGAAAAGUCUUAGACAGAAAGUCAAGGCAGCUAAAUACGAAGCUAAGAAAAAUGAAAGGAGUAUCAAGAAACCAGAGGAAACCAAAUUAAAGGAGAAAAAACCUAAAGAUAAAAAGGGCGCUGGAAAUAAAUUACCAAAUUCUAAAACUAUUGGAAAUUUUACCAUACUGGGAGAUGAUAACCUUGGUGGCAAAAAGUCAGAGGUUGAGGCCCAACUACCACAUUGGCUUGCUAGCCCGUCCACCUUCUCUGUUGACCUUCAAAAUCUUACAGUUUCAAUAGAUGACGUUCCUCAAUUAGAUAAAGAUUUAAUAGAGAAACUGCGUUCCAAUAAAGUAACUCAUUUUUUCCCUGUUCAACAACAAGUUAUUCCAGCUCUCCUGGAAGCUCAAGGCAAGCCGCUCCAGUUUUGGCCAAGAGAUGUCUGUGUGUCGGCACCUACUGGAAGUGGUAAAACUUAUGCAUUUGUUUUGCCCAUUGUACAGGCAUUGCGCCACAGGUUUGUACGGCAUGUUCGCGCUCUAAUCGUCCUUCCUGUUCAAGAUCUUGCCACCCAAGUAUUCAAGGUCUUCCAGGAAUUUACCAAAGGCAUAACAGACCUUAAAGCAGUGUGCAUCAAUGCUAAAGAAUCAUUUGAAUUUGAGCAGUCACUUCUUGUCAAUUAUUCGGAAGCCAAUAAAAAACACUACAGUUGUGCUGAUAUUGUGGUAACAACACCUGGUCGUCUAGUUGAUCAUUUAAAAUCAACUAAUGGUUUCUCACUGCAUCACUUGAAAUACCUUGUUAUUGACGAAGCUGAUCGUGUUUUGGAAUCAGUCCAGGAUGAUUGGCUGUAUCAUUUGGAGAACCAUUUGCACCCAGAUCAGACUAGAAGAGUGGCUUCCUUGACCAUUAAGGAUACAGCUCUCCGACGUCCACCACCACAGAAAUUGCUCUUUUCUGCUACACUCAGUAGUGAUCCUGAAUUGCUCAAAGAACUAAAUCUCUUUCAGCCAAGGCUGUUUACAUCAGUUGUUGUCAGUGGAAGCAGUACAGAGCAAACUGAGAUUUCUUCAUUUGUUGGGAAAUUCUCAACACCAGCGGAGAUCACUGAACAGUGGGUGUUGUGUGACCCUGAUACAAAGCCAUUAUAUUUGUAUAGUCUCAUAUCAGAAGGAAACUGGAAUACAGUUAUUGUGUUUGCAAACACAAUUGAGAGUGUUCACAGAUUAGCAGUUUUAAUGAAACAUCUUCUUCAGGACACCAAAGGUGUAGCAGAAGUUUCAUCAACACUUACUCAUAUUGAAAGGGAAAAAAUCCUGAAAAAACUUGUUUCGGGCAGUGUCAAUGUAUUGGUAUGCUCUGAUGCUUUUUCAAGAGGUAUUGAUAUUCCAAAUGUAGACUGCGUGAUUUCCUAUGAUGUUCCCAAGCAUCUUAAAACGUACAUCCACAGAGUGGGUCGAACAGGGCGUGCUGGUCGCAAAGGAACAGCUGUUAGUUUACUUGUAGAGAGACAGAAACCUAAAUUUAUGAAAAUGCUGAAAGAUGCCGAGAAAGAUGCCACAGUCAAGGAGAAAAUUGUUGACACUUCAAGCAUCAAAGCUCUAGAGGACGUUUACAAGAGUGCCCUGACAUCUCUCAAAGAAGACAUUAUGACGGAACAAGUAAUCAAGGUAAAGAAUAUUCGCCAGAAAAAACAAUUUAAAAAUAAAUCAAGAAAAGUGAGGACCUCAGGCAGUGAGCCCCUGCUCAGCAAAAGAAGAGGAGUGAAACCAACAUCAAAAGUUACUAUUUUAAAACAAAAAUAUGCCCGUAAAUUAAGGAAAGUUCUUAGUAAAUAAUUAAAUGUGUUUUGAUUUGUA